CUCUACCUUUGCUUCGUAGCAACCGAUGAAAACAUCCAAGGGCGCCUGGGUUCAUCUUUGAAGGUAGGAGCCAGCACAGUACCCAGAGGAAUGGACCAAACAAAGCGACCACUACAAAUUCCUCCUGAAUUUUCGACAUAUGCAGAAAAGCAUGGGAUUUUUGACUUAUACAAGAGACUGAUGGAGCAACUGAUCAUUAACCGCCCCUCAGACCCUAUUGCAUUUCUGAUAGAAAUGCUAAAGCUUGACAACAAUGAUGUCCCACAGAUAAUGAUACUGGGGCCACCAAUGGCAGGUAAACACAGCAUCAGCAAGAUGGUUUGUGGAAGGCUACGUACAGCACACAUUACACCUGAUAAUCUGGUACAAGAGGCUGAUUUGAAACUUCGUGACAAAGCUGAAGAAUACAUUAAAGCCAAGAAACCCAUUCCAACUGAAGUGUGGGUGUCAAUCCUUCAAGAGCGCAUGAAGCUAUUUGACUGCGUCAAAAAAGGAUGGGUUUUAGAAGGAUUUCCACAAACACGACAAGAAGCACUUGCACUGCAGGAGCUUGGAAUCUACCCAAAGCACUGUGUGGUGCUGGAUGCCCCAGACACAGUACUGAUAGAACGUGCAGCAGGCAAAAGGAUCGACCCCAAAACUGGAGAUGUUUACCAUACAACAUUCGACUGGCCAAAUGCUACGGACAUCCAAGCAAGACUGGAAGAGGGUCCUGGCCAGAGUGAGCCAGAGAUGGUGGACAAGCUUGUGAAGUACCACCGGAAUGCUGACGGAAUUCUUCGCUGUUACAAUUCUGUCAUCAAAGUCAUAAAUGCUGAUCAACCCAAGGCAGAUGUUUUCUCACACGUGAUGGUAUUCCUUCAGAGUCAGCCACGUUCUAACACACCUCGCACCCCCCGCAUCAUCCUUUUGGGCCCCACAGGGGCAGGCAAAGGUGUCCAAGCUUCCCUGUUGGCCAAUAAGUACAACUUUGUGAAAGUAUCCUGUGGCCAGCUCAUUAAACAGGCCAUCACCAGAGAGACAAAGGCUGGAAUGGCAGCCAAACCAUAUGUGGAAAAGGGCAUGAUAAUGCCUGAUAACAUUGUAUUGAACAUACUGAAAGAACGUAUGUGUCAGUUGGACUGCCAGACACGUGGUUGGGUUCUGAAAGGCUAUCCUUAUACACGUGAGCAGGCUGAACAACUUGAUAAGGCUGGACUAGCCCCAAACAGAGUUUUUUUCCUGGACAUUCCUAAUGAUUCCGUCAUCGAGCGUUUAACCCAAAGAGCCGUCGAUCCUGUCACAGGGGACCAGUAUCAUAUGUUGUACAACCCUCCACGUACCCAAGAAAUUAAGGACAGGCUGGUUAAGCAUCCUAAGGAUUCUGAAGAAGAGGUACGCAAGCGACUCAUGCAGUACCAUGCUUAUGUUGAGGAGCUUGUGGAUUAUUAUGUUGAUGCUCAACAUAUGAUUGCUGACCAAGACCCACAUACUGUAUUUGAAUACCUGGAAAGCAUGACUGUCAAACCUCUGCCUCGGCACUACUGAGAAAUGAUGAAAUACCUUUCUGUCACACUUAGAAAAAUGUGGAAAGCAGACUGAAGGCAGACCUCUAUAUGGUCAUCGUUUGCUUUUUUAAAAAAACGACAAUAGAAUAUUUGUCAACACAUUUGCCAGUGUGGACCCGAAUAAUUUAUGAGUUUUAUGUUAUAAAUACACUUAAAAUAACUUAAUCAUACAGGGAGAUGUAGAAACAUGCUAAAUUUUGUAUCACUUUGCAGAUGAUAAAACUUCAAAAUAAAGAUUUUGCACAAAAUAUCUU